AUGAAAGUACCAUCGUCGCUUGCUAUCGCUGCCGCGUUCGCCGCCUCGUCCGUGGUGGCGCUGGACGCCAAGUUCUACGGCAUCAACUACGACGCCCGUACCUCGGAGUGGGGUGGGUGCAAGGAUUUCCUCACGAUCGACAAGGACUUCACAGUUCUCAAGGACGUCACCGACUACGUUCGCAUCUACGGGAUGGACUUUAAUUGCUCCAAGAGCGUGCUCGAAGCCGCCCGCGACAACGCACUCAAGGUCUGGCUCGGCCUAUGGAGCGAGGUCAACACGACCUUCGUGCGCGACGGACGUGAACAAAAGGUGGUCGACUCAUUCCCGUCGCAAUAUGACGCCUUGAAGAGGCUCGUGAAUGAUGAUACCAAAUUGAUCAACAACGACAACAUCCUCGGCAUCCAAGUGUCGAGCGAAGCCUUGUACCGGUACUACGUGAAAGGGCCGGGCAACAAGACCGGCAGCAGCGACCGCCACGGCAUCAACACCGUCCUCGGCCACCUCAAAACAGUGCGAAGCUACCUCCGCGACCACAACUUAACGUUCCCCGUCGUGAUCUCCGACAUCAUGGACAUGUACACAAUGUUCCCCGAGUUGUACGACGAGGUGGACGUGGUCGCUGUGAACCAGUUUUCGUUCUGGGAGAACAAGACGGCGGAAGAAGGCGCGCACUUUACGUUCAAGCGCUUCCAGGAGCAAGAGACCCGCGCCAAACGCGCCGGCAAGCUCAUCCUGCUGCACGAAGCCGGCUGGAGCACAGCGGGUGAGGACCCCAUCGUCACGGAGGCGUCUCCCCGGGCCCAAGGCGUGUUCACGCAGGACUUUCUGACCCUGGCGGCGCGCCAGAACCUCAACGCAUUCUACUUUGCCGCGUUCGAUUUGCCAUUCAAUCCGACCGAGAUUGAACGCAACUUUGGCAUUCACUACGCUAACCGCACGUUGAAGCCAAGGGUGAAGGCCGUCCAAGUCGGCAGGCCGCUCGAAGCGGUCCGCCUCAGAGCCGGAAAAAACGUGAUCAAGGCGCACCGCUACUGGAACGCCGACGACUCGGUCAACGAGAACUUUGGGCUCGUGUAUGCUGCGAAGCCGUCCGUUGGUCCAUCGGGCGUAUUUGACGACGAGAUCUGGCUGUGGGACUAUAAGACCAAUAUCUUGUACUCCAAGAGCUCGAAUCAGUGCUUGGAAUCUUCUAGCGAGAACGACACGCAGACCCUGCGCACGUCCCCCUGCUCGAACGCGACCAACGAUCAAAAGUGGAGCUUUCAGAACGGCUACAUUAUGAACCAUAAUGACGCCAAGUAUUGCAUCGACGUGGACGUGCACGGGAGCUGCGAAGCGACUCCGAACGGGAACCUCGUUGUCAAAAUGUCCCCGUGUAACGUUGCCACGAUAACCCUGCCGAAAAUCUCGCACCUUGCACGCAUCGAGCUCAUCGAGUUCGGCAUCAAGACGGGCGGCGUGCUGACCGAGUUGUCCGGAAAAGUGACGUGGCAAACCACCCGCCAGUUGGACAAGGCCCACCACCAGUGGUUUUACGAUUACAUCACCACCCAGAGUAUUACGAACAGGUUUUCUAGCACCUGCUUGGACGCGCCCAAGCGCAUGAACGGCGGAGAUGUGCUCUUGAGCAAAUGCAAUGCCACCAACGUCAACCAGAAGUGGGUCGUGAAUGAUAUCACGGGCCAGAUCCACCAUGCAACGCAUUUGGGGUUUUGCCUCAGCGCCUCCGACGAGGUCGACGCACUCGUGUACUUGUUGUGGUGUGAUAAAAAGGACACCAACCAACAGUGGAACCUCAAGCUCGUCAAAUACGAAGCGUAG